AUGGAGACCCCUCCACCAGACGAGAAGCCAAAGAUUCCAGAUGAGCUCCAGUUUGGAGAUGCUGUGAAGAGACUGAUUGAACUUGAUCUGGAGAUCACCAAUGCCAAUGGCAGUCACAAUAUCCAACUGCCCAGCCCCAAAUCCUCACCUGGUGGCUCUGACAAAUGCACUGAGACGUUUCAGACGUUGGUUGAUAAGCUCCAGCAUGGCCUCGACCUCCAGGCUGAGUCUGUCACAAGAGCCCACAAGCAAAUCCUUAUUCUGAAGGAGGGCCUUCCCACUCGGUUCAAAGAGUGCCUCGAGUCAGCAACGGACAUAGAGAAUAUCGAGCAUGAAUUGAUGCAAGCCGAUGUCAUGAUUACUUCUGUCGCUCAAGCUAUCUCCCGCGUCACCAAGACGAGCGAAGAUUUACCUCGUGCAAAGGAGGAGCUUGGAUAUGUCCAGAACGCGAGCAAGGAAAUCCCAGAGGAAUGGAAAAAGCUCAUGGAAGACUUUGACAAUCUGCUCAGGACAGUCGACACGCUCAAGAAUGACAUGGCCUUCGUCAUGAGUCAGUUGCUUUCCGGAAAGACGGACUUCACAGACAUCGUCGAGAAAAGCUCUUCUGGUGAUGCAAAGGACACUUCUUCCAUCAAGGAAGAUGAGCAGAAGACUCUAUCCACGCCUGAUGAUAAGAAGGCUCCAUCUAACAACGACGAGAAAAUUUCAUCCAGCACUGUUUCAUCCAGCACUGUUUCAUCCAGCACUGUUUCAUCCAGCACUGUUGCAUCCAGCACUGAUGAAAAGAAGGGGUCUACAUCUACCCCAGAGGAUAGCAAGAAGCCCCUCGUGGCCAAUUUGACCAAGGGCGAUAAGGCCUAG